AUGACCGACGCUCUACCAUUGCCAUUUAGAUACCAGUUCGCUGCGGGCGCCGUGGCAGGGAUUUCGGAAAUCCUGGUUAUGUACCCGCUGGACGUGGUCAAAACCAGAAUGCAACUUCAGGUGAAGGGCAGUUCUGGCCCUACAUACACCGGAGUUCUGGACUGUAUGAAGCAAAUUGUGGCCCGUGAGGGUGCGUCAAGACUGUACAAGGGUAUAUCUUCACCCGUGCUGAUGGAGGCGCCCAAGAGAGCUACAAAGUUCGCAUGUAACGACGAGUUCCAGAAACUGUACAAGCGGGAGUUUGGCGUGGAGAAGCUCACGCAGUCGUUGAGUAUCCUCAGCGGGGCGUCUGCCGGUUGUUGCGAGGCGUUCGUGGUAGUCCCAUUCGAACUGGUGAAGAUCCGGCUGCAGGACGCGAGCUCGAGCUUCUCGGGGCCGAUCGAGGUGGUGCGCAAGAUUGUCGCCCAGGAGGGUGUGCUGGCCAUGUACAACGGGCUGGAGUCCACGUUGUGGCGUCACGGUGUGUGGAACGCGGGCUACUUCGGGGUCAUCUUCCAAGUGCGUUCGCUGUUGCCCGCCGCGCAAACCAAGUCCCAGCAGACCGGUAACGACCUGGUCGCCGGUACCAUCGGUGGUACUUUUGGCUCUCUGUUGAGCACUCCUUUCGACGUUGUCAAGUCCCGUAUCCAGAACACCGCGGUCGUCGCCGGCCAGGUCCGCAAAUACAACUGGUCCUGGCCCUCUCUGUUUACCAUCUACCGCGAGGAAGGCUUCUCCGCCCUCUACAAGGGUUUCGUGCCCAAGGUGUUGAGGUUGGGACCUGGUGGUGGUAUUCUGCUGGUGGUGUUUACCGGAGUGAUGGACUUCUUCAGAGACUUCCACUACAGACAGAACUGA